AUGUCUACUCCGUUCGGUGUCGAUUUAGGUAACUACAGCUCUGUUAUUGCUGUUGCAAAAAACAGAGGAAUUGAUGUGGUUGUGAACGAAGUUUCCAACAGAAGUACCCCUACCAUCGUUGGGUUUGGCGUGAAGAGCAGAUCCAUCGGUGAGACUGGUAAGACACAACAAACAUCCAACUUGAAGAACAGUGUGGAGAACAUCAAGCGUAUUCUUGCUUUGAACGCAGACUCGCCAGAUUUUGAAAUCGAGAAGAAAUACUUCACUUGUCCAGUUGUCGUUAAGGAUGGCCAAGCCGCCGUCAAGGUCAGAUAUCUUGGUAAGCAAGAAGAGUUCACCCCUACCCAAUUGGAGGCAAUGUAUUUGAACAAAUUGAAAGACACCGCUGUCAAGGAAACAAAGGGAAACAUCACAGAUAUAUGUUUGGCUGUUCCUGUCUGGUACACUGAACAACAAAGAAGAGCUGCUGCUGACGCUUGUCAAAUCGCUGGCUUGAACCCAGUCAGAAUCGUUAACGAGGUUACUGCUGCUGCUGUUGGAUAUGGUGUGUUCAAGACAGAUCUUCCGGAGGAGGCGCCAAAGAAGGUCGCCUUCGUUGAUAUUGGCCACUCUUCCUACACCGUCACCAUUGGUGCUGUGAAGAAGGGAGAACUCAAGAUUUUGGGAUCUGCUUAUGACAAACACUUUGGUGGUAGAGAUUUCGAUAGAGCCAUUGCUGAGCACUUCGCUGACGAGUUCAAGAGCAAAUACAAGAUUGACAUCAGAACCAACCCUAAGGGAUACAACAGAGUUUUGGUUGCUGCUGAGAAGUUGAAGAAGGUUCUUUCCGCCAACUCUCAGGCUCCAUUCAACAUCGAGUCCGUUAUGGAUGAUGUUGAUGUUUCUUCCCAGCUUACGAGAGAGGAGCUUGAGGAGAUGGUUAAGCCAUUGCUCGAAAGAAUCCACGUCCCAAUUGAGCAGGCUUUGGAAGCUGCUGGAUUGAAGUCUGAGGAUUUGGACUCCAUCGAAGUCAUUGGUGGCUGUACCAGAGUUCCUUCUGUGAAAACCAGACUUGCCGAGAUCUUCGGUAAGCAAUUGUCCUUCACUUUGAACCAGGACGAGGCAAUUGCCAAGGGUGCUGCAUUCAUCUGCGCUAUGCACUCUCCAACCUUGAGAGUGAGACCAUUCAAGUUUGAAGAUACCAACAGCUUUUCUGUCACCUACUACUGGGACAAAGACGCCGAGGACACUGACCACCUGGAGGUGUUCCCUAAGGGAGGUGUUUUCCCAUCUACCAAGCUGAUCACUUUAUACAGAACAUCUGACUUCGAGAUCGAGGCCAAGUACACCCACCCUGAGGAGCUCCCUGCUGGAACUUUGCCAGAAAUCGCCAAAUGGAAGCUUUCUGGUGUUGAGGUCGCUGAGGGUCAAGAUUCCGCUAUCUGCAAGUUGAAGGUCAGAAACGACCCAUCCGGAUUCUUCACUAUCGAGUCUGCUCACAUUGUUGAGGAGAAGGAGGUCCAAGAGCUUGUGGAAAACCCAGAGGCCAAGCCAGAGGACGAGCCUGAGUACAAGACCGUCAAGAAGCUUGUGAAGUCUAAGGACUUGGACAUCGUUUUCAGCGGCCUCGCACUUCCAGAAAAGGUUUUGGCCAAGUACUUCGAGGAGGAAGGUAAGAUGGUUGCCGAGGACAAGUUGGUUGCCGAGACUGAGGACAGAAAGAACGCCUUGGAGGAGUACAUUUACGAGUUGAGAGGUAAGCUGGAAGAACAAUACGCCGACUUUGCCUCUCCAGAGGAGAAGGAGAAGCUCGGGGGUAUGUUGAUGAAGACCGAGGACUGGCUCUACGACGAGGGAGAAGAUGCUUCGAAGGCCAAGUACAUUGCCAAGUACGAAGAGCUUGCAUCCCUUGGAAACCUGAUCAAGGGUAGAUACAACGCCAAGCAAGAGGAGUUCAGACAAGAACUGAGAGCCAAGCAAGAGGCUUCUCAAGCUGCUGCCAUGGCAGAAAAGCUCGCUGCUGAGAGAGCUAACCAGAAAGCUGGCGGAGACAAGAAGACUACCGAGGGUGCUGACCAAGAUGGUGAUGUUGACAUGGCCGAUGAAUUAGAUUAA